GUUGAAACUUUCCACAAGACGAGUUGAAGUCAAUGUCCUCUAGCUAACAAGUUAGAAGCACCACACAAUCAUAAAGGGAAUACACUGAAUGAAGCUGAAUUAUUCGAACUUGGAAGGACCAACCAACUCCUCAUCACGAAAUUUCCACAAAAACUACAAUUCCACGUCUUGCAAUCACAUCGCUUGUUUCAAAGUCUUGGAAAUGAAAGGUAACAACAAAAAUGAAAGGCAAAAAUGAAAAUUACGUUGCAGGAACCUUCCAAAUUCCAAAAUAACAAUGAAAUUAUUAGCCCCUCAGACCCCUAUAUGGUUAAUUAUCUUUGUCUUGUUGCCAACAAAUUAUUGAGAACUGCUUCUUCAUCUUCACUGUAAGCUUUGAUAUACCAACACACAGUUCGGUUACAAAGCCUGGAGCGUUGCAUUUUUUACUCACCUUCAUAUCUAAAUUUCUGAUCACUUGUUGAGAUCAUAUCAUGGCUGCUGAACUUGUUGGUGGAGCUUUACUUUCUAGCUUCAUUGACGUUGUCAUUGACAGGCUCCUUACAACUGAUGCUGUCAACUUGGUCUUGGGCAACGAACUUGGCCCUGACUUGGUUGAAAAGCUGAAGACUGCUCUGUUGGGUGCUGAAGCUCUUGUUGCUGAUGCUGAGAUGAAGCAGUUGGCAAUCCAUCGGUGAGGAAGUGGCUCGAUAAUCUCAGGGAUGCUGUUUACUGUGCUGAGGACUUGCUGGACACUGUCCUCAUCAAAGCCACCACACAAAAGAAGAAAAGUUCUUGCUGUUCCCUUAGCUUCUUCAUCAACCGACAUAGAGAUGACACGGUAGACAAGAUGGAAGGGGUAGUUAUAAGAAUUGAGGAUCUUGGAAAACAAAAAGAUUUCCUUGGUCUUGAAAAGAUUCCCACUGGUAGCUCAUCAUGGAGGACUCCAACCAGUUCUCUUGUGAGAGGGAAUGUGUAUGGCAGGGAGGAUGACAAGAAGGCCCUAGUCCAGAUGCUGAAUGACAACAAUGAGCAUCACCUGUCUGUGAUAGCUAUUGUUGGCAUAGGUGGGGUUGGUAAAACAACUUUAGCCCAAUGGCUGUACAACAAUCAGGAGGAGUUCAUGAAGGGAUUUGAUCUGAAAGCAUGGGUUUGCGUUUCGGAGAACUUUGAAGUUGUUGAGACAACAAGGAAUGUUAUAAAGGAGAUCUCUCCGGAUACUCAAUGUCUUGAGCACUUCAAUUCACUUCACCAUACUUUGAAAGAAAAAUUGUUGAACAAGAAAUUCUUUAUUGUUCUGGAUGAUGUUUGGAGUGAUGAUGGUGACAAAUGGAGUAAUUUUAUGACCCCUUUCCAAUAUGGGGAGAAGGGAAGCAUUGUUCUUCUGACUACUCGCGGGGAAAAUGUUGCUCUAGCAGUUCAGAACUGUCGCCCUUAUUUUCUGAAAAAGUUGUCAGAAGACUAUUGUUGGUCAGUGUUUGCUAACAAUGCAUCUUUUCCAGAAUCAAAUGGGAGUGCAGCACUUGAAGAAAUAGGCAGAAAGAUUGUGAAGAAGUGUGAUGGCUUGCCAUUAGCUGCAGAAACACUUGGUCGCUUGUUACGUACAAAGCAUGAUGUUGAGGAAUGGAACAAGAUACUAACGAGUCAUAUUUGGGGAUUUUCUGUGCAGAAGAGUAAGAUUAUUCCAGCAUUACUGAUAAGUUACUUCCAUCUUCCUCCACAUUUAAAGCGUUGUUUUGUUUACUCUGCAUUAUAUCCCAAGGAUUAUGUAUUUGAGAAAGAUGAUUUAAUCCUUUUGUGGAUGGCAGAGGAUAUUUUACCACCACCAAAGAGAGGAAAGAGUUUAGAAGAAGUUGGUUGUGAGUGUUUUGAUGAACUAACUUCCAGAUUAUUUUUCACGAAGAGUGGAGACUAUGGUGUUUAUUUUGUGAUGCAUGAUCUGUUGCAUGAUUUAGCAGUAUUCCUUGCUGGAGAUUUCUAUUGCAACUUAGAAGAACUUGGUAAAGAGGAGGAGAUAAGGAUUCAGCCUCGACACUUGUGUGCAAAUUUAAGUUAUUGUAGCUCAAAACCUCAUAAUUUGAUUUCUGAAGGAGAAUCCUUGAGAACAUUAUUAUUGUUUGGCGAUUCCUCAUCUUCCAACUGCAACAUUGAAGCGGCAACAUGGGACAUAUUAUCAAAGUUUAAAUACUUGAGAGCUUUAUCCUUCUGUAAACUUGGUCUGAUGGCAUGGUUCCUGAGAGGUUCAUCCUUCAGUAUACUUGUUGUGGUGCCUGAUUCAAUUAAAGAAUUAGUCCAUCUGCGCUACUUGGAUCUGUCUUGGACGAAUAUUAAGACAUUGCCAGAGUCUUUGUGCAACUUGUCUAAUUUGCAAACCUUGAAGUUGUAUCAUUGUUCUAAUCUAACUACGCUGCCUAGUGGUUUGCAUAAUCUUGUGAAGUUGCGACAUCUCGAUAUUAGAGGAACUGCUUUGGAAGAAAUGCCCAAAAAAAUAUGUGAAUUGAAAGAGUUGCACGUUUUAAGUUCCUUUGUUGUCGGCAAGCAUGAAGACAAUGGAAUCCAGGAGUUAGGGAGGCUGGAAAAUCUUCAUGGACCCCUUGAGAUUAAGAAGUUGGAGAAUAUUGUUGAUGUGGAACACGCAGAGAGUGCAAAGAUAAUGGAUAAGAAGCACAUUGAUGAAUUAUGUUUGGAAUGGUCUUCAGGUGAUAAUUUGGUUUCUAGUACACAAAGAGAAAGAGACAUCCUCGAUAACUUGCAACCGCAGAAUGGGUUGAAAGAGUUGACAAUCAAGGGAUACAAGGGUACAAUAUUUCCAGAUUGGUUGGGGAACUGUUCCUACCAAAACAUGACACGUGUAUCUCUAAAGUCUUGCAAGAAUUGCUGCAUGCUGCCCUCACUUGGACAGCUGCCAUCUCUUAAGUCCCUGUGCAUUGGAGGUUUGGAUCAGCUGAGGAGCAUUGGCGAGGAGUUUUACAAGAAUGAAGGAGAUCAUCAUUCUUCGCACAUUGCACCGUUUCCCUCACUGGAGAUAUUGGACUUUGAUGAUAUGGCAUGUUGGGAGGAGUGGCACUUACCUGGCUCAAAAGUUUUUCCUCAGCUUAAGAGGCUUCAAAUAAGAAAGUGUCGAAUAUUGAAGGAAGAGAUGCUUAAUCAGGUAUUCUUCAGAAUCGUUUCUUCUUUGCCGGAUGUUUCCAAAGCUCGCAAACUACUUAUAGGCGACGACGAUGUUAUUAUAGACCUGUACAGCGAGUUCAUGUUUCUUGAUGGGGAUACUUUAAGAAUUAGGGGAAGUGAAUCUGUGAAGGAGUCUGCAUUUAAGGCAAUGAUGAGCAUCAACCAUCUACGUUGCCUCCAAGAAAUACGCAUCCGGAGGUGUAGAAAACUAGAAUUCCCACAGCUACAGCAGCACAAGUAUGAUUUGGUAGACCUACAAAUAGAAGAGAGCUGUGAUUCACCGACCUCCUUGUCGUUGGAUGUCUUUCCCAAUCUCAAGAAUUUCAAGAUAAUAAAGUGUAGGAAUCUGGAAUCAGUGUCAAUGUCAGAGGCACCACACGCUGCUCUUCAACAUGUCACCAUUAAUGACUGCUCCAAAUUAGUGUCAUUUGCAGGAGAAGGACUGGCUGCACCCAACUUGACUCAUCUCAGCCUCAUAAAAUGCUCCAAGUUGGAGGCAUUACCACGUGACAUGAAGAAUCUACUCCCAAGUUUACAGUCUCUCAAGAUAUAUGGUUGCCCAAACAUUUGCAGGUUGCCAGAGGGUGGUUUGCCGCCUAACUUGAAAGAGCUUCAUGUGGGAAUUUGCGAGCAACAAAUGAGGGAUCUAUCAUGCAUGGGCAACUUGCACGCCCUCACUCAUCUCACAAUUAAUGGUGAUGGGUGUAAGAACAUAAAGUCAUACCCAGAGGUGGGUUCGCUGCCUCACCUUCCCUCCCUUACCACUCUCAACAUAAGUUUCUUCCAUAAUCUGGAGACAUUGGAGUGCAACGAGCUUCUCCGCCUCACCUCCCUUCAACAAUUAAACAUUUAUAACUGCGAGAAGCUGGAGAAUAUGGAAGGAGAAAAGCUGCCUCCGUCUCUCUUGCUACUUCAACUUACAGGGUGUGGUUUGCUGGGAGAACACUGCAAGAACAAGCAUCAACUAAUCUCGCCCAAAAUUUCCCACAUCCCCACCAUUGAAGUUUCCAAGAGAGAUCUGACUGGAGAUAUACUGUCCAACUUGCUAACUUUAAGUUUCACAAUGUACCUUUCUUCAGCAAUAACUAGAAGAUGAUAAACAGUUUUCCCAAGGUGAACUCGAUAUAGCUAAUGUCAUUAGAAGGUCAAGUUGCGAUGAAGCCAUCAGACAACAAUUUCAUCUCUAUCAACUUCACUUAUUGGAACAGCCUUAUUUUACAGAUGCAAGGCAAUUAAUGUCAAUCACCAUGGUGAAAAGCUGUUUAAGACUAAAGAGAGUGGUUUAGACAUUAAAUCAUAACUAACUAACUAACUAAAGGUUGAAUAAGGCAGCAAGAGACAAAAAAAAAGGAUGUCCCAAAAAGACAUUCAUGAUCAAGCUGCCAAUUAGUGCAGAUUGUCUAGCUUAUAAGGACAAAUUGGCAAAUUCUGGAGUGGCAAGUUUUGCAUUGAUUGUGGAUCCUAAUUCUCUAAAUGAUCAAAUAACGAUCCACUUUCUUACUUAAAUUGCUUGUUCCACCAUUUGAGCAAUCAUAGCCAAAAUGACAAAAAAGUUACAGCUACAUUUAAUAUUUGAUUAGCCAGCCAGCAAGACCAAUUCCCACAAGCAUCCAACUAUGAAUUAGGCAAUGAUGAUGAUGAUGCAAUGAUAUUUCUUCUAUCAAGAUAGCUGGAUGGUAGGCCUACCAUUAAUGAUAGUGUAUAUUAUUCAUUUUUCUUGUUCUUCAUGUGUAUUUAUUUACCACUCUCUCUGUAUAAGAUGACUCACAUUCGAUAUUCGAUCCAAGUUACAUAGCAAUAGAAUGAUGAGUACAUAAUAAAUACAUAAAGAAUAAAUAAAGACAAAAAAACAAAUCAUACAAACUUUACUCUGGGUCUAAUGCUCAUAACAACUACAUUCACAAAAUGACAGGCACUUAAUUUAUGAUGAGGCCAUAAGUUAUGAUGGGAUCAUAAUGAGACAAAGGUAGUUUGAUACUACAGUUUGAGCAACUUGAAAAUAUAAAUACUUUUUAGAGUAAAGGACAAAUAGGUCCCUAACAUUUUUUUCUGCGGACAUUUUUGUCCCCAAGGAUUGGAAAAUACAUUCAUGUCCCUGACCCUUCCAAAACACGGACAAAUUGACCCCUCCAUUGAAGUGAUUCCGUUGGACUCAACGGAAAACGCUGACGUAGCUCCCAUGGCGCUGACCUGGCCGUUACGGAAGCACACGUGGCAUGUAGCUUUUUAAAACAGGACAUAUUAGUCCUCUCACACUAAAACAUGUAGCUUUUCAAAACAGGACAGAUUAGUCCUACUAUACCAAAACAAUGCCAUUUCUAAGCUCUGUUUCUCAGCUCUGUCAACUUGUGAAUAAUUUCAAUUAACCCCUCUUCGAUUUUUCAAUCAAAACUCAAACUUUGGGUUUGAUUUUAAGUAUCCAUAGUGUAAAAUCACUGAGAAUUCCUUCUACCUCCCCAAACCCAUAAAUGAAGCAAAUAGGCGGAAAAAAAAAAACUCACACACACCUUUCUGCUUACCUUCUGGAGAAACGCUGCGACAACAACCAAGCGGUGGGGUCAGCCAGUGGAGGAGCUUCGGCGACUGUGCGGCGAGUUCGACCAGGUGUUUGAUAAAAGGAGAAAUUUGCAUCAAUGAUUGCUGAUGCAGGGUUCCAGAAAGUAGAGUAUGAGAAUCUAGUAGGGGGAGUGGUUGUCGUCCAUUCAGGGGUCAAAAUCUGAUAUUUUCAUGACCUUUGCUCACAUGUAUCUAAUAAUUCACAAUCCUGAUCUUCUAAAAUACAAGUAAAAUACAUCUGAACUAUUGAUGAGAAAAUUAGUGGUUUCAUAUUUAAUAAGCAAAAUUAUAUGCAUAACUACCCAUGUCACAUAAAAGUUGAAACCAUUGAUUUUCUCAUUUGUUCAGACAUUGCAAUUUAAUCCUUUAAAUCCAAUAAUUUAUGGAUCUUUCUGAGCAUCUUAUAGGCAUGGAUACCUAUGUCAAGUGUGAUGAGUCAUCUACUUAGAGAAGAGUGACUUUGUUAGAAUAUGUUCUUUAAUUUAUGCGAUCAUAGUUGGCACUUGCAAUUCACAAUUUUAGUGAGAA